GGAAGAGUUGAAAGUGUGCGAGAACAAAGCGGAGCUGCGGAUAAAAAAAAGCGCGCAGUUGACGAAUUUGUGGGAAUAAUAAUAAAGUGGAAACACACACGCAAAAACGUAUACCAAAACGUGGGCAAUUAUUGCCGAAAUAAUAGUUUGACUUUGAUGUCAUUUUAAAGUUCGAUCGACGCUUUUCCAGCUCCGCCUUCCAGUUGGCAUUCGGUUAUACGUCAAUCCCUUUUGUCCCGUUUCGGUCUCGUUCCGUUAUAUUUUUUAGUUUUCCCCCGUGUCCUUUCUUUCGCGCCUCGUCUCACCUCGCCUCGUUUGUGUUCUUAUUGUGUGUGUGUUUUGUGUUUCAAUUGGCCACGGCGAUCACCUGGCCACGUAAAGUAAAUAGAUCGAAAAUCCGGAACGAUUCCGCCGCCGGUUAGUCCAGUUACCAGCGAAUAGGAAAGGAAAACAAAACAGAAAUCCGCGUGGGUGCACGCACUGGAAUACUCUGGAAGGAUCGUGUGGAUGCACCCCUUCCGAAUUUCAUGUUUACAUUUCAUUUGGAUCAUAUGAUAUAUCCUAUAUUUCUUCGUGUAACGUCCCUCUUCUUUAAACAAACGUAUUAAAAUUAUCAAAAGUGAUUCAGAUCAAAAAUUUUAAACCCGGUAUUAAUAAUAAAACAAUAAAAGCUGUGGAUACAACAUUCAAAAACUAUAUCAACAGCAAGAGAGCAAGUCUGCUGCCGUUUUGCUCAACCUUUUGCGCCCGUCCGCUCCCCCUUCUACUAGUACAACCACUGCUACUAGCUACUAGCACCACCAUAAAAAAAAUAUAUAUAAAAAACAACCAAAACCAACACCACCACCAAUCCAACAGCAGUGUCGUGUGCAGUGUCAGUGUGUCUUGAAAUCGAAAUCGAAAUCAAAAUCCAAAUCAAAAUCUCAAUAUUUGGCCAAGUUGGCAGGCACAGCAAGCCGCAUAGAAUAUAUUGCUAAAUAAUACUACUUGAUGUGUGUUUGAAAAAUAAUCAAAAAGAUAUCAAAUCUUUUUGUGUUGACAUCCAAAUGUGAGAUGUCUUAAUCCCCCGAGCCUUAGGUGAAUGUCAAAUGCAAAUUUAUUAGAGUGCUCCCUGGCCAACGAAAUUAAUUUCUUUGAAUGUCCAUUAAAUCGCCGGCCAAUUACUUGCUUGAUAUUCAGUGAAUUUGUGUGUUCUCAUAAAUAAUCAGGAGAAGGAGAAACCAUCUAUUAAUAACCCUAUCGGCUAAUAUAUUGUGUAUUAUAUUUUUAGUUUUCUUAAUUUGUAUUUUGUAUUGUGUGUGACUCGAUUUUUUCGGUUGUCCCUUCAGCCCCCUAACCAGCCUAUUGGCUCACUUGAAAGUUCGUUAGUUUUUGUCGCGAUAUCAAGAGUUGCUUUUAGCGAGCCGAAAUCAAAAUCAUUUAUCACUAAACUUAGAAGGCGCCAGCCAGCGCUGAAUGCGGCUCCACAUGUGUGGGUUCUUCUAAAGUGGGUAGCGACCAUGAUGUCCUGCCCCCUUCCCAUGCAAUUACCGAUACCGAUUCCUUCAAUACACAAAACAGAAUUUGCACCGGUUCACAUUGGAGUAAAGGUAAGGAUCGAUGAACAAUUUAUAUAUAAACUAAACUAUUUGCGCGGAAGCGACGAACUUUUGAGUCAAGCAGCAGUCAUGGCGCCCGCUUCCGACAAUAACAAUCAGGACCUGGCCACAAAGAAGGCCAAGCUGGAACCGGGCACCGUUCUGGCCGGCGGAAUUGCCAAGGCCUCCAAAGUCAUCCACUUGCGCAACAUUCCAAACGAGUCCGGCGAGUCGGAUGUGAUUGCCCUGGGCCUUCCAUUCGGACGCGUGACCAACGUCCUGGUGCUCAAGGGCAAGAAUCAGGCGUUUAUCGAGAUGGCCGACGAGAUCUCCGCCACGUCAAUGGUGUCCUGCUACACAGUCAAUCCGCCCCAGAUGCGCGGCCGCAUGGUCUACGUGCAGUUCUCCAAUCAUCGGGAACUGAAGACGGACCAAAGCCACAAUAAUUCGGUUGUCCAGAGCGACUACCGCAUCCAGUCGCCGGCGGGCGGCUCCCCGCUGCCCUUGUGCGCCGCCAAUGCGACCAGCAACAAUGCCAAUAGCUCCGGCGAUAGCAACAGCAGUGCCGUGGCCAUCUUGCAGAAUAACACCAGUGCCGUGAAUGCGGCUGGAAAUAAUACCAAUUCGGCCGGAGGACCCAACACCGUGCUGCGUGUGAUUGUCGAGUCGCUGAUGUAUCCCGUAUCGCUGGAUAUACUGCAUCAGAUCUUCCAGCGUUAUGGCAAGGUUCUCAAGAUCGUCACCUUCACCAAGAACAAUUCAUUCCAGGCCCUCAUCCAGUAUCCGGAUGCCAACUCGGCCCAGCAUGCCAAGUCCUUGCUGGACGGCCAGAACAUUUACAAUGGCUGCUGCACGCUGCGAAUUGACAACAGCAAGCUGACGGCACUGAAUGUAAAGUACAACAAUGACAAGUCGCGGGACUUUACGAACCCCGCGCUGCCUCCGGGUGAGCCCGGUGUUGAUCUAAUGCCCACAGCCGGCGGACUGAUGAAUACCAACGAUCUGCUACUGAUCGCCGCCCGGCAAAGGCCCUCCCUAACAGGUGAUAAAAUAGUCAACGGCCUGGGUGCCCCUGGAGUCCUGCCACCCUUCGCCCUGGGCUUGGGCACUCCGCUAACCGGAGGAUAUAGCAAUGCCCUGCCCAAUCUGGCCGCCUUCUCGCUGGCCAACAGCGGUGCCCUGCAGACAGCCGCACCCGCCAUGCGCGGAUACUCGAAUGUUCUGCUCGUCUCGAAUUUAAAUGAGGAGAUGGUCACGCCUGAUGCUCUCUUUACCCUCUUUGGUGUAUACGGCGAUGUGCAACGUGUAAAGAUCCUGUACAACAAGAAGGACUCGGCACUCAUACAGAUGGCGGAGCCCCAGCAAGCUUAUUUGGCCAUGUCUCACCUUGAUAAAUUACGUUUAUGGGGCAAACCGAUACGUGUGAUGGCCAGCAAACACCAGGCCGUGCAGCUGCCCAAGGAGGGACAGCCGGACGCAGGACUCACACGUGACUACUCCCAGAAUCCGCUGCAUCGCUUCAAGAAGCCGGGCAGCAAGAACUACCAGAACAUUUAUCCGCCAUCGGCGACACUGCAUUUAAGUAACAUUCCCUCGUCCUGCUCUGAGGAUGACAUCAAAGAAGCCUUCACCUCGAACAGCUUCGAAGUCAAAGCAUUCAAAUUUUUCCCCAAGGACCGCAAAAUGGCGCUGCUGCAGCUGUCAUCCGUGGAGGAGGCCGUUCUGGCGCUGAUCAAGAUGCACAAUCACCAGCUCUCCGAGUCGAAUCAUCUGCGCGUGAGCUUCUCCAAGUCGAACAUCUAGAAUCCGAUCCGUAGUCAGGUUCACUGAACCUGACUGGGUGCAACCGGCAGCUACAUGCACCACACCACGCUACAGGUCUAUUGGCAGCAACAGAUACAAUCUAUAAUCCGCAGUACAAGGAGGAUGCAUCCGCACUUUAACUGAUAAUUAAACCCCAUCGAAUCGAAUCGAAUCACCAGCGCAAACCCCAGCCCAAACCCAAUCAAUUCAACUAAAAAAAAGUGAAGUAACCCAGCGGCAACAAUCGAUGCAUGAGCUAUAUACCAGUUUUAAUCAUAGGGAGACCGGCGAGGAAUCCUCUAACUAAAUUGCUAAAAACCACUAAGAGUUAAUAAAAAAAUAUUUGAAAUUUAAAGAGGAAAUAGCAUUUCAACUUACGAAGCACGCAGACAACAGAGAAACCACAACAACAAACAAAACAAGAACCCACUAAACAAUCAGCAACAUCGUAACUUAAGCUUAACUUUAAAACUAUAGUUGAUAAGUAUAUUGCAUUGCAUAACAUAAAAACAAACAAAAAACAAAAAACAAAAGCAAAAAAAUCUAUAAAAAGUAGAGAGUAAAGUAAAAGAGCUGAGGAGAUUGUAACUUAGAGAUAUUUUUAGUGCACUGUACUGUGUUUUGGUUUUAAAAAACGACAGAAAGUCAAAACGAAAGAAGAACAAACUAAGCAAAAAACAAAAAAAAACGAGAGAAAUUAUGUUAAAAAAUGAAUUAAGGCAAAGAGUUUUAUUAUGUACAUGAUGCUGUUAUUAUAUUUUAAAUGAAUGCAACUUAACUAUAAUUUUUUUACAAAGUAUGUAUGCAACAUUGAAUGCAACACAAUCGCAUAAACGUAGCUCGUAAAUGUUUUUCAUUUUGUUAGACUUAAAGUGAAAGUUAAGGCGGAAGAGAGAGAGUAUUUAGAAAAGACCGAGAGUCCCGAAUUGCACAUUGAAUUAGAGCCAGGGUGAAGUCGAUGUGAAGUAAUGUUAAAUGCAACUUAAGAAGAAUUGUAUUACAAAUCGAAAUAAAUCUAAAAUCCAAAACCCAAAACCCAGUCGAAGAUAUAUCCUUAUGGCACACACACACACACAGACAGACACACGGAAUAAUAAUUUUAACUGACAGUUAAAACCACGUAACGCGUACGUAAAACCCUAUGUGUGUGUAUGUAAUAUGUAAAUGUUGUUAAGCUAGCGCAAAUUAUACACAAAAACGAUCAAAACGUUAGACAUUAGCGAUUAGGCGUGUAUGUUGAACUACAACAAACCAUGAAACAGGAAAUUAAACAAAUUUUAAGCUACAAAAAAGAAAGUAUAAUCUCAAAAAAAAAACUAAACUAAAAAAACAAAAUCAAAAGAAAGGUAAAUUAUAUUUAAUCAUAGGCAUAUACUGGUAACGAAAGACAUAUACGUGUUUUAGCAAAACAAAACUGAAUGAUUUUUUGAUAAUUUUACAAGGACUCCCCACAACAACAACAACAGACAACCCACACACACAGGAUACACACACACCCACAGAUACACACAUAUAUAUAUGAAAGUUUAUAUAUAUUUAGAAAGUGAAAUUAUUUAUACGUUGGCGCAAAAGAACAAAGAAAAGGGUUAAAAAAAGAUCUAAAACUAAUUGUAACUUACAAGGAUAUGGAUUUAGUUAGUAAGCAUGAGUAGCAGUGAUCGUAAUUUAAAAUUAAAAACAAAACAAAGGAAACAAAUCACAAAAAACAAAAGAAAAAGCGACGAAGACGGUAACAAUUAAAUGAAUGAAUAUAUUUAAACAAGAAAACCAGAAAAAAACGUGUACGAAAAGCAACAGUAAAAUAUUGUAAAAUGUAAAAUUUAUUAAAGUACUAUAUUUACAGUUAUCAAAAAAAAGUGGCAAAAUCCAAGAAGAAGAAUGUAAAACGGAAGCUAAAACGGAAGAAAAUGCAAACAGGAUAAUGAAAAGGAGUAAGGAGUACCAGAAUGAGCUCAGUUGACAAUGCCUCUCUACCUACAUUUUUCCACAUGCAACACAGAAAGCUUACCAAAAAAAAAUAACGUUUUUGAGCCAACUCUAGCGUUUCAUAUACACACAUAAUGCAAAAACUAGCUACUCUAAACUUAACCUUAACCUUAACCUUACAACCUAUAUUUAUCACACUUACAUAUGCUCUAUGUCUAUGUCUACUCCUUAUAUACAUAUUAUACACACUAUAUACACGUUUUGUUAGCGCAUCGAAGCCAGGUAAAGCGAUAUGAUAUGAUAUCUACAUAUAUCAGAACCCACGACUGCUAGAAUUUCAAACGAGAACUCUUGACAAAUCAAAAUUUCAUAAAAGUAUUUAAACGAACUUAAAAACUCUACAACAAACCGAAGCAGAGCCACGAAUUAUACAAGUGCACAUCCCCCUCAGACUUGAACUUCAACUACAAAACGGGAAAGGUUAUGGAGGGAUCAGGAGCAGGAUCUAGAUCCUUUGGCAUGCAGCGUUCAAAGAGUAAUCAAAUAUUUAGCCCAACGAUAUAAUAUAGACACAAAAUGGCGACCCACUGCGUGUUAAUGUUGAGAUAGUGAACAAGAGACACCGAGAGCAGCAAGCGAAUUAAUAGAACUAAUUACGAAAAACUACAACAAACAAAUAAGCAGAUGGAGUACACUAAACAAAAAAAAAAGUAUUACUUUACCAAGUAGAGAGAAUCACACAAAUAAUUAAUUUACCAGCAAAGAAUACGGAGUUGCAUCAGAACAACAGCCAACAGUUUAAAGUUGCAAAUCGCUGAAGAGAGAUUUUACCAAAACAUAAACAUUAAAUUGAAGACUAAUCGUGAAUUACAACAUAUAUAUAUAUAUAUAUAUAUAUAUAAAAUUUAUAUAUAUACAGAGGCGAGAGGCACAUGUUCCAGUGUUGUGAGGCAACGCAUGCAUGCAUACUUAUGUGCUACUUUUACAGUUAGAAGGAAACCAGAUAUAUGAUAUAUGUGUACAUGUAAUUGUAGCUAUAACUAUAUAUUAAUGUAUCGAAAUAGCGAUUGCAGCAGCAGCAGCAGCAGCCAGAGAGUUGAAACUAAACACAAACUACAAUCAAACAACAGAAAAUCAAAGUAAAACGUAGAGAAUCCAAAACCGAAACAGCAACAGUUUUGUUUUACGAAACAACCAGAAGGCGCAAAAACAUAUACAACAUGAACAGAAACAUAUCAGCAUUGUUUGACAUAUAAAUGUGUAGUUAAUUUUUCCAAAACACCCAACCAACCAUCCAUCCAUCCAGAAUCUUCAGUUUCAGAAUACACACACCCCACACAACAACACCCCGGGUUGUUAUUAGAGAAAAAAACAACACAAGAAGUUGGCAUUAAGCAGAAGAUUAGUAUAUUGCAUGAUACAAAUUGUUAGUUUUUUUGGCAAAAGUCAAGGAUAAAAAUAAAAAUAAAGAGUAUUUAGGGAGAAAGGGAAGACGAACCGCAGAAAGCAUAUAUAGGGAAUUUGUUCAAAGUUUUUGGCGGCAAUGACAAUGCUUUGGCGAGAAGACAUAACCAAGUUGAGAUAUUAAUAAUUUGUACAGUUUUUAAUAGUUUUUUGUGAAUUUUCAGUGAAAUGUAUCCUUAGUAGCGGAAUUUUUUUACUUGUGUGGUUUUUUAGCGCAAAUCAAAAAGAAACAGUUGUUACGUUGUUAUGGUUUUGUUUAUUUGUGUUUUUGUACAAUUAGACAAACGUGUAUACAACCUAAUAUACAAUAAACAUAAACAUGUACUUAUAGUUAGCAAAAUCUGUAUGUGUUUGACAUUCGAAUUGCGUUUCCAAGACACACAAACACCGAGUACACACAAAACAAAACAAAAAAAGAGUUAAAAACAGGCAGAAGUUCCUACUUUUUAGUAAAAAUCAAUUAAUAAUACAUAACUAAACAGGUGACAACUUGCAGCAGUGAAUUUAAUACGGAAUACACAUAAAGCGUAAACAAUUUGCAAUUUCAAUUUGAAUUCGAUCGUCAGUUUCCUUUACACUCGCCUGCUUUUUAUCGUGUUUUCGAUUUCCUUGGUCUGUCUUAACACACACUUGUGAAUAUAUAUAUAUAUAUAUAUAUCUGGUGCGCGGUUUUAUCAUAGGUCAGGCAUUAUUGCAAAAUUUAAAUAGGGUCCAAGUUUUAAAUAUUAAACAAUUAAAACCUUACGAUGGUACGUACGACUAAAGGUGAGACAAAACGAGCAUGGCUAGCGGUCAGUCACACAUUUGUUUUCUAAAUUGGUACCCAAUCUUCAGGAGAUAUAUAUAUAUGUAAUGUCGGUCUAAUCACUAAUCACUAAUCACCCUCCCCCCCUGUGGAUCGUUGCAACUGAGAGCGAACUUAGCAAUCUCUGACCCUUCGAAUCUUGAAUCUUGACUCUUAACUGCUUAACUAGCCCAACUGCGAAUAUAUAGACACGCGAAACAAUCAAACUUGGAAGACAUUUCUUGAAUCAAAUUUUUAGUAUACACCAGGCAAGACACUUUGCUACUUUUGUGCUCUCUAAUUGUACAACUUAAAGGUAAUACAACAAAUAAUCAUUUUACGCUCUAAACGCAAAACUUAAACAAACAACAAAAAACCUAAAAACUAAACUAAAGCGAAAUGAAAUGGCGAUGUGUUUAUGUAAUGCAAGAUUUUUCUCACCAAAUUUUACUACAAAUCUCUUAUGUGUAUUGUAUAUAAAAUGGAAAAACAAAACAAAAACUAACGAAAUCGAAAUGAAAUGAAAACAAAAUGUAUUGAUAUAUAUAAUUAAAUGUAUUGCGAACAUGAAACAGCGUCAACGUCAAAAACAAAAUGAAUUAACAACAUCCGAAAGCAGCAGCUACGCGACUCUUAAUUAAUUUUUAACAAAAACCUAAUGAUACAUUUUCAUAUUGCAAUCGAAUUUGACUUGACGACGAGACGACUUGGCACAAAGUAAAAUGCGAAACGGAAUCUAAAUGAAAAGAAGUGUAUUGUAUGUACGAAUUACGAGCAGAGUGUGCUUGCUGAGCUGAAGAUACUUAGAACUAAAAGAUUAAUAACUGGGGACGCGACGACGACGAGGCAGUAACUAAGAGUGGAUGUGGAGACGUUGCGUUGGCAUCGAAAAUAUUCAAUUGAGAGGGCGCAGCAUUGAGAUUGCAUUGAUAUGAGAUGAAUAUUUGUUAUGUUACAAGCAUUAAUUAAUUAAUUAUUAUAAUAUUAAUUAUUAUUGAAAAUAUUUGAGAAAUAAAGAUAAAAUACAAAUGAUUCAAAUCAUUAAACGAGUGUGUUUUCCCUUUGAUAUUUCUUACGGAAGCCCUACAAUUAGUUAUUGUUAAGUUUUUAAGCAUUAUAAUUAUAUUUACUGUAUUUUUUAGAUAAAAACCAGAGAGAGAGUGCGACUUGACAGCUCACUUCUCACUCACAAUUACUAUGUUUCCUUAGUUUCCUUACUUUUUAUUGUAUUUUAUCUCCUAAGUUUUACAUUUUCAUGUUCACAAUUAUUGUACUUUACUUAUGAGCUUAUUUUUAAAGAAAUACAAGAAAUUAAAAUGGAA